GGAAGUAUAUUAGAAUGGCACCCUGGGAAAUGUAGUUUCCAGUAGUUAUUCCAUUCAGUGGAAGGAAAUAUACAAAGAAUUGUUAUAAUGUAACUCGGUCCGAGCUGUGUGAAAUUGUGUCUGUCAGUGCCCUCUACAGGCAGGUCCUAUGGGUAGCCAUGGCAACCGCGUCCUAUAGCAGGCACUGACUGACACAUAUCGGGGACCUAAGAGAAGGUUUCAGUCAGAGUUCUGAAGUUUGCGUAAGGCAACAUAGCCUGAAACAUGAACAACUGUGACCUUGAAAAGCUAUCUGUUCCUGGAGUGAAGUUGGAGCCUACUUUCAGAGCAGACAUCACCAAAUAUACAACAACAGUACCCAGCCACAUUACACAAAUCAGAGUGGAUGCGCUUACAAGUGAUACGGGAGCGUCUUACUCACUGGUGGGAAGUGGGGGUUCAAAGUUGAUAACACUAAAAGAUGGUGUCAACACAGUGACAAUUGAGGUGACAGCUGAAGAUGGCACAGUGAAAAAGUAUUUUCUAGAGGUUACUAAAAUUUCUGCAGACCAAGCUUCACUUCAUGGAAUCAAGCUUCCACAAGAUCUACAGCUUGUUCCACCAUUUGCUUCCGAUGUGUAUGAGUAUACCUGCACAGUUCCAGAUUCCCAGAGUUGCAUAUGUAUAAACCCAUAUGCCCAGGACAGUGAAAUGAAAGUCACAAUAAAUGGCAGCAAUGAUUUUAAACCUGUCACUUUGGCCGUUGGAGACACAUUGAUAGAAGUGCAAGUUACGUCUGCUAAUGGCACAAAAUCCCAGAUUUACCUAAUUAUUGUUACAAGAAAGCAGCUUCCAUGUUGUGUCACAUUUGCCGAAGCCCAAGAUCAGAUGAACUAUGAAUGUCCUGUGUCUCUUACUGCUUUUUACAGACCUCUCUCCAUAAAAGGAAGUGAUCCCAUUCAUACAAUUUCCAGUCCGUAUAUGGAUCUUUUAACCCAAAAGUCCAAAAGAGACCCUUUUGAUGAUGCUCCUCUUAGUGAGAACUGGAGGAUUCCUGAGUAUGAAUUAGACAUGAAAAUGUCAUCUGCAAGUGUUUCCUGCAUUUAUCAUUAUCGAGGGUGCACAACCAUUAUGAAGUUGUCUGAAUUUUGUCAUCAUGCAAGAAUCUGCUCAUUUAAACCAUUAAAUGAACUAAAUGCCAAGGCUGUUUCAGAAUCAGAGUGGUAUAAAAAAGAACAGUCCUGUGCUACCAAAAUUGAACUUCUCAUGAAACAUACAAUCCAGGAGAGAAACUGGGAGAAGAGACUUCAAGGAUACAAUGACAGUCAGUUGGACAUACUCUGUAGUCAAGCAGAAGAGCAGAUUCGACUCUAUAAACAGAGACUUCCAAAGCCAGAUGAUGUACUCCAUUACAAUGAUGGAACAUCCUCUUUGGAUGCACUACAUCAAGCCGCAAUUGCCUACGCAUCAGCUAUCAAACUACAACCAAAGAACCCCAAGUACCAUUUCCAUCUUGGCAUGGUUUUGGAAGAACAUUUUUAUGCUUCUGAAAUGUAUGGCUUCAAGAAAAAAACCAAAGAAGACACCCCAGAGUAUUGCAGUGCAAAGGCUACAGGGAAAGAUGAAGAAAUCCAAGCCAUCUGCAAGCUUCAUGGCUUUUCUGGUCGGCCAAGUUUAGAGCAGCAGUUAAAAGCAUUAGAUUUAGAAUAUCAUCAGCUUAAAGAACAGGGUCAGUCAAGCAGAGCCGAUUACAUUCAGAAUCUCUAUGCCUGGAAGUCAAAACAGGCCGGCAAGGCUGCAGAAUCUUUGGUAGAUGAAGACAAGCCGCUUACACAGGCAUUCCUAAAAUAUAUGGAUGCUCUCUUCCUGAGCCCUGAUAACUGGCAAUACCAGUUCCACGUGGGCAGGCACUUGCUGAUGCAGAGAAGACACAGAGAAGCACUCAUCCUUCUGCAAAAGGCUUUGGUUCUUCAACCGGCAUCUGCAAUAAUAAGGUGCUAUGCUGCAUUAGCUCUUCUGGAACAAGAUGAUAACCUAAGUUCACGAAUACAGGAGUCCAUUCACUACCUUCAUCAGGGCAUGGAGAAAAUCAUCACUGACCUUUUUACAGCCCAAGAAAGUCCAAAUCUUCUCAAUGCUGAGAACCCACUUUCUCUACUUCAUGUUCAGCCCCUAAGAGGAUUUUUAAAACUGGGAAGAUUGGUGAAGGAAACUCCGGCGCAGCCAGCAACCUGUGUCAUGUCCUCUAAACAGAUUCUUCACCUUGUUGCUGAUUGGGCAGCUAAAACCCUAUGCCAGUAUUGGCACAGAGGUGAGGUUUCUCAGGAAUUAGAAUGGAUCCUACUGGAGUCGUGCUUCAGCCUUCUUCAGUUCCUCACUCAGGAAUCUCCAGACAAUGAGGCCUGGAUAAGGAAGAGAUGCCAGGGAAUGUCUGCGUUGUUAAACCAUUCCUGCAUUUCUCCAUGUAAAGAACUUUUAGAUAUGCAGGAAAAGGUCUGCCAAAUUGGAGCCAUUACCUCUCCUUGCAGUAGCCCUUCCCUGUACUUGCUGGGUGUGGCACAGCUUGCCCAGUAUGAUAACAACCCUAGUUCUGCUGAGGGACAGCUGUCACUCCAAGAUGCCAUACUUAGUUUCAAAGCCAGUAUCCAUUUGGAGAAUAUGCCAACAAAAGGACCACCUCCUGCAGAACUAACAAGUCAGAAGUGGUGGCAGGAAUAUAAGUCUGCCCGGGAAGAAAAAACACACAGAGUGAUGCCCCAGGCUUGUGGCACAGAAAAACAAGCAGCCCCUGCAGCUCCAGGCACACAGGGACCCGCUAAAGGGAGAGGAUCAGCCCCUAAUUCACGCGGGGCAAUCAGUGCAUCUAGGCCCUCACCCGUUACAAAGAAAGCAGCUACCGUCUCUCCAGGAGGGGGUCACUCAAAAACAGGAUUGGUUGGCACAAGCAGGGGGCGGGGCACACCUAGCAAAACUGUUGUGCCUCCAAAGGCAAAAACUCCAGUGAAUCCAAAAGGCUGUGCAAAGGCUGUAAAGGAAGAGCAGCAGCUCCCAUCAACAGAGGAUACCCCAGCACCAGAACCCAAACCUGCAGCUGUUCCAGAGACGUCUGCUGUCCCCGCAAGUAUAAAUGGCAGCUCUUACUUACAUCGCCUGGGUUUAGCCAGAGCACUCACUCGUACCAAGGAAACCACAUCAGAUGCUUCAGCUUUUUAUCAAGAAGUCAUCAGAAUGGCACCAGAGGUGCAUGAUGCCUACAUUGAGCUAGCCGAUCUGCUUGUAGCCACUGACCCCUUGGCUGCAGUAGAGGUUUACUGUCAGUACCCUGAAAAGCCAAUAGAAGAACAGUCAUUCGAUGAUGCCUUCAUCCCAGGGGAGAUCAUGCGACUGUUAAUCAAAUGUGGAAAAUAUGAUGACCCUCGUUUACCUGUCAAUAUGAUUUCCUAUGGAAAAAUCAUGGGAAUAGGCUCUUUGGAGAAAUACAUUCAUAUUCUCGAAGAGAAUUAUAAAACAAAGAUCCUUAUGGACAUGUAUGCAGGAAUCCACAACAAACCCACUGACGACAAAGAUCUUCAAACCUUCUUCCGCUUUAAAUGUUGGAUUUAAGAAAAUAUCAAAGGAACUGUCCUAAAUAUAUAUAAUAUACAAGAGCCAUGAAUAUACUGUACAUUACUGUAUAUCCUUAUAAACGGUGCUUAGUGAUGUCAUCAGUUAUAAUCUGUGCUUAGUGAUAUCGUUUUGGUCAAAUGACUGAAACUUGUUUAUUUUAAUAAAUAAUGUACCCCUUUGUGAAAAAUAUGAGUAUAUCAGAAGUCACUUUGGCGUUCCAUGCCCUGUAGAAAAACCUUUUAUAUGGUAAUGAAAAGCCUUAGUUAUCCUAUCUUUAUUUUACAAUAGAUGUACUUUAUUAAAAAAAAAAAAAUGAUAUAGAUAGAUAUGCUGUUCUAUCCAUUGACUGUGUAAAAUAUUGACUAAAUGGACAUUUGAAAUUGUAAUAAAUAUUAUAUACGACACCUUA